ACACAACAGCCCUGUUAAUAAGAACUCUGUUUUGCAGCACUAAAUAUAAACACAUCAUUAAAAAAUACAUUUAACUUUAUUUUUGAAACACAAAUAAAAGGAAUUUACAUGUAAACUGUUCAUAAACCCAUUCCUAAUGAAAUUGUUCCACUGAACCAAAUCCAAGGAUUUAUGUAAAUGUGUAAAAAUUUGUAAAAUUUACAAAUGCAUUUAUUUAUUUUUUAAUAAUGAAAAUAAAAAAUGAUCCGCUAAAAGCCUGGGUUGAAUUUCAUCAGCAUUGUUCAUAAGUGAUUGCUUUAUGGUCUUGAAUCAGACAAGAACAGCAAAUUCCCACAGUGCACUUUGAACACUGACCUGAAUUUCAAAAUAGUUUAAAAAAUAACAGAGGCACGUGCAUUGAAUUUGUAUAUAUGUGUUAAACUGAGUUGAACGCUUUCAAUAGAACAACUUGUCCUCUUUAAUAAAGAGGUUUAUACAAGGUGACCUAAAUUUGUACACUACUUUUUUACCACCUACCUGUUUAUCUGAGGUUAAAAGUUUAAUAUGAAUAAACAAAGACAUCCCUGCAGAUAAAAAAAAAAGAAGUAAAGAAGUCAUUUAAAUUUUUUUACAUUGAUUCAUGCUCAUUUCCUUCUCCUCAUUACUUGUUUAUAUAUCUCUUCAUAUGAAAGGGACUUAAAACAGAUGUAAUAUAUAUAUAAUGUAUUAUUGUGUUAUGCAUUCAUGCAACAAGAUUUGUCCAUCUAAAAAACAAAAAACAAAAAAAAAAGUUUGAAAAGUUGAUCUGGUUGUAUAUUGAUUCAUGCUCAUUUUCUUCUGCUCAUGUCUACUUGUUUAUAUAUCUCUUCAUAUGAAGGGGACUCAGAAUGGAUGUGAAAAAAAAUCUGAUGUGUUAUUGUGGUUUGCACUCAUGCAAACAGAUUUUGUCCAGUUAAAAAAAAGCUAGUUUUCUGGUCUCUCAGUCUGGGCUGCUGACUGCUUUUAAAGGGGUGGUUGACUGUUUUUUUUUUCUAUGCUUGAUUGUGUUUAUGGGGUGCAAUCUAACAUGUGUUCAUGCUUCGUUUUUUUAAAAACACAACAUUUUUCACAUAAUUUACCUUUAUUCUCUGUCCCUUCUCUAGUCUCAGCCUCAGGCAUCACAUCCACGGACCGUUGGCUAAACAUCUGAUGCAUAUGGCACACUUAUCUGGAAACACUUCAGGAGUGUCGAAGUCGUCGUCGGAUUGGUUGAAUUCUGCAGGAUUUCCGGGAGACGUCGUGACGCCACACUCCCUCACUAAAGAAGAAAGCCGCCGUGUUUACAACUGUGACGACGAAAUGCUGAAUUUUCGAAAUCCCGUGCUCCUGAGGUGUGUGCUCUGUCCCUGUGUCUCCUGUUCUCCGGAUCAUCUGUAAGGAAAGGAUUUCAAGUCAUCCUCUUCACCAAGCUCCAAAGAAGGAAAUCUAAGGACUGUUAUUCACUCCAGCGCAUCACCCCACAUUCCUUCACUACUCCGUUAUAUUAAUAAAUAUCUUUGUUUGCACUCACCAUCUGUGUCACGCCUAUUCUGUUACAGAAGACCGGACCGUUUACCGAUGCUGGAGUUGGACUCCAUUAAUGUGUGCCCCGGGAAGGAGGACAAUGUUUCUGGAGGUAGUACAGUGUUUAUUUUUCAGAAUGGCAGAAGUGUUGAGGAUUAUGUGGAAGAAUUUAUUGAAACCAAUUACCAAGCCAUCUGCAGCGACCUCACUUUAAUGGAUGGUUUCCGAGUUGGGCUAGAUGAGGACAUUAAAAUGCUAAUGCCACUAGGUGAUCCCAGAUGGUCUUUGGCACAGUACCUGGAGUUUGCCCUAUGGAUUUCAGGGUCAGCAUUUCGAGUAGGCAUAAUGGAGAUCGCACCAGCCCCUGAAUCCAGUCCCAACAUACCGACCACUCUGCUGUUGAGUCAGUCCACCGUUCAACUCUCUAGUCCACCAUCCAGCCCAUCCACCAUCAUCUAUUCUAGCCCGCCGCCAAAGAGUAUGGCAAGCCCGCCAGCGCCUGCUCCUCGCAAGUGCCCGCCAGUGCCAGCCCCUCGCAAGAGCCCUCCUGUGCCUCCGCUGGUCCGGUCCAACUCUCCCGUGACCCUGCUGGUUCCGUCCAGCUCUCCUGUGACCCUGCUGGUUCCGUCCAGCUCUCCUGUGACCCUGCUGGUUCCGUCCAGCUCUCCUGUGACCCUGCUGGUUCCGUCCAGCUCUCCUGUGACCCUGCUGGUUCCGUCCAGCUCUCCUGUGACCCUGCUGGUUCCGUCCAGCUCCGUGCUGCCAAAGCAUCCUCAAGAAUCCCCGCUGGUUUCCUCCAGCUCCGCGCUGCCAGAGCGCCGCCAAGAGUCCCCGCUGGUUUCCUCCAGCUCCGCGCUGCCAGAGCGCCGCCAAGAGUCCCCGCUGGUUUCCUCCAGCUCCGCGCUGCCAGAGCGCCGCCAAGAGUCCCCGCUGCCAGAGCACCCUCAAGAAUCUCUGCUGGUUCUGUCCAGCUCCGCGCUGCCUGAGCGUUCCCAAGAGCCCUUCCAGAGGAAUCUCAUGCCCAAUUUCACCAUAAACAUUUUUGGGGGGGGGCUAUACCCCUGAGAAUCCUGCUCCGCCAUGGCCUCCCAAGCUCCCUGCUCUGCCUUGGUCGCCCGAGUCCCCUGACCCGCCUUGGUCGCCCGAGUCCCCUGACCCGCCUUGGUCGCCCGAGUCCCCUGACCCGCCUUGGUCGCCCGAGUCCCCUGACCCGCCUUGGUCGCCCGAGUCCCCUGACCCGCCAUGGCCUCCAAUAGUCUCCUGUUCCACCCUGGAUGCCUCCCCAGUAUCCCUGUCCUGCACCGGCUUCCAGGGCACCCACCCCUCCUCCCCGGUGAUAUUGUUACGGCGCAGGACGCGCCUUCCGGGAGGGGGAGGUACUGUCACGGAUCCGUCUGGCACUCUUCACCAUGUCAUCACUGAACACCAUCACCUGAGUUCCUAUCCUAAUCACCCGCACCUGCUCCCAAUCACCACAGCCACUUAGCCUCGGUAUAAAAGCACACACCUCAGUCUCACUGAUUGUCCGGUCUCGUACGUACAAACACAUGAAGAGGACUCCCUGACUAGACUCACCAUCUGUCACGCCAAUUCCGUUACACUAAUAGCAUGUUAUCAUUUUUGUGUAUUUUGUGCUACUCCAAAAUAAUGUUCUAGUUGAGGUCAUUAGUGUAUAGUGCCCAAACAUGAACUCAUGCCAAAGACUAGCCAUGUGUGUACUAUUCCUGCUUCAAUUGGACAACUAUUUACCUGCAGAGUCGUUCACAAGCAUGUGAGGUGUUGACCUGAAUAUAAUGAUCUUCAUAGGCGAUAGACAGACAGACAGACAGACAGGAUGCAGGUUUUGUAGGUUAAUAUUAACCUAAUCUAUUUUUGUUUUGUGUUCAAAGUUUCCUGUUACUGUUUUACAUGCAGGGACACAUGUUUGUUUUUGCUUUGUAAGAGUUUAUGCAUGGCAAAAAGACAUCCCUUUCAUAUGUUUCUGAAAAGAAUAAGUUGCAUACUGUUGAAGAUGUUUUAAUUACUAUUUAAUUGUGUUAUAAUAAUGAAUAUUUGUAUUUAAUAUUACCUCUAAACUUUGAUUAUACAUUUGCUUAUUAAUUGUUCUAGGAACCCAAUAGCAUGUUUUCAUUUUUGUGUAUUUUGUGCUACUCCAAAAUAAUGUUCUAGUUGAGGUCAUUAGUGUAUAGUGCCCAAACAUGAACUCAUGCCAAAGACUAGCCAUGUGUGUACUAUUCCUGCUUCAAUUGGACAACUAUUUACCUGCAGAGUCGUUCACAAGCAUGUGAGGAGUUGACCUGAAUAUAAUGUUCUUCAUAGGCUACAGACAGACAGGAUGCAGGUUAAUAUUAACUUAAUCUAGCACUAUUUCUUGUUUUGUGUUCAAAGUUUCCUGUUACUGUUUUACGUGCAGGGACACAUGUUUGUUUUUGCUUUGUAAGAGUUUAUGCAUGGCAUAAAUUCAUGUCCAUAUACCUUUUUCAACACAAACGCACUUCGUGAGAGAGCACGAAAAAAAAAGAAAGGACAUCCCUUUCAUAUGUUUCUGAAAAGAAUAAGUUGCAUACUAAUGAAGAUGUUUUAAUUACUUACAUUAAUUAACACUAUAAACUACAGGUGUGUUACCAAUCAAAUGAAAUCAGUAUCAACAAAUAAUGGGUCACUGAAUCAUUGACUUGAUUGAUUAUUAUCCGAUGCUUUAAAACACCAAAUUAUUCUAGAAUUAAACACCACACUGCGCUGGGAGAAUUAAGUGUUCUGCCUUGUUUGGAACAAUUUUCGUUGGCAAAAUAGAGCAAAAACAGUCAAAAUUGUGCUUAAAAAUCGUCAAUAAAUGCAGUCAACUUCUUGUUCGCUGAAUCAUUAAAACGUCCACGCGCGUUUCACUUUCAUAGGGAUUGUGAACGCAAAUUUCUGCGUUUUAGUCAUGACACUUAAGUAUAAUAAUGAUUGAUAAUUGUCAUUAUUUAAGUAUAUAUUUUCUUGAGUCAUGCAGGCCUUCUUAUAGCUAUUCAAAAGAGGGUGUGCAGCAGGUAUAAGCAGCAUGUGAGCGCGCAGCUAUGGAGAUGCCUGAGAGACCGCUAACUUUUGUCACGUCUCCACCAGAAAUGGAGCAUGUAUUAAUAAGAAUGUUUUCGGUAACGCUUUAGAUUACAACCCGCAAAUAACUACGUAAGUAUACUAAAUUUACAGUGUAUGUUUCUGUAAUUAUUGUGUAAAGAAUGUACGUGUAGGUAUAAGGGAACAAUGUGUUACGGUUGGGUAAUAAGGCUGUAACAACCAGAUAUGCAAACUGCAAAGAACUGCGUAAGUAAACUGAAGUUACAGAGUAACGUUUUUGUAAUUAUAGUGUACCUCCGUGUAGGUAUAGGGGAAUAAUAUGCCGACAUUUGGGGAACAAAGGGGUAACAACCUGUAAAAUUACAAUUCACUUAUACUGUAAGCAUGGCCGCUGGAACUAGGGGUGCUGCAGGGCCGGGUCUGAGAUUUUCCUUGUGCCCCUCCAUCAUCCCCAAGAUACUUAAUGUUUGUGAUAGAUUUGGGAUUAAUUAUUUAUUAAACUGACCAGAAAUAUAUAGCCUAGUGCGGCUGUAUUUUUCUCUCCCUCACGCUGACAGAAUUUAAUGUGAAAUAUUCACGCAAUAUUACCGUAAUUUUACAUUCCGACUUGUAAAAACCAUUCAUGUCCUCGUCCUUUUUAUGAGCUGUCUUCCGAAGCGUUCUCGCUUCUCAAGAUGGCCACCGACAAUCCCAUAAGCACAGCUCUUUAAUUUCUAGUCUCUGGUCAAACGCGCUCAAACAAGCCUAAUGUAGGGUAUAUCACACACAUCAUAACGUUUUAGUCAAGUAGGCUACCAUAUUAUGACAUCAAAUAUUUUAAUAAGACAGAAUUUGUAUUUAACCUGAUCACGUUUAAUAAAAAGACAUUUUAAGUUUAAUUAUAACGCAGCACGAUUAUUCAAACAACAAACAAAUUAUACAGCGAGCAAAGAACAUGUCAAACAAUAUCACUGACUUCAGUCUAGCGUGAGUGUAAGCACACUAAAAAAAGAGCUAAGCUAUAAUCAGUGAUGUUGUCUGCAGGAGAGGCCGCCCAAUGACACACUGGUUGGAUACCAUCCAGAUGGACUUCAGCAUGAAAAUGAGUGACCUCAAGGAAGCGGUAAAAGACAGAAGGACGUGGAGGAUGCAAGCCAAUGAAGUAGCCAAGAGUCGGACACGACUAAAUGGCUAGAAGAAAACAGAACAACACAGGCAACAGAUAAUAAUAGAUAAACAUUUAUUACACCAGUUCAGAAAAAAGCAAAACAACUCCAUACUUAUCUUAUACAGUUAAACCAAAUACUUUUGAAAAGCUUGUUUGAGGCAACAUUACUAGUUGUGUUUCAAUUAAACAAAAAUGUCCAAAUGCAAGCACAACAAUUACAAAAAAAAGCAGAAAAAUUAUAAUGACUCAAAACUAUUGACAGCAUGGGCAAAUAAUAAUAAUAAUAAAAUGUCUUAAUAAUAUCCAACAGGACUUGGAUUAACAGUUACAAUUAUGGAGAUCCAGGUUCUGCCUUUACAUACUGAAAACCAUCCAGAAAUUGGCACAAAUGUAAAAACAAAAACAAAAAACACUGCAAACCUUAUAAUCCUAACUGGCAUCAGAGGUUUGAACUAAUAAAACACAAAGCACUUCACUUUUACUGCAUAGUAAACCUCAGUUUGCUAUUAGAACUCUGAAGGUCUAUAUUGUGAAAGUGGAAUGCAGGCACACACCCUUGUCAUUUCUUACGCUUGUAAAAUAUGGCUUUAAAAUACUCAAACAAUAGAGUUUUUCACACUGCCAGUAAAGAUUUACAAUUUAGAUAUUUCAGCCACAGCCAUAUCACCCUGCAGCCCAAGACUGGUUGCCCACUGAAGCUAAGCAGGUUGAGCCUGGUCAGUACCCUCCGGGAAAACUAGGUUGCUGUUGGAAGAGGUGUUAGUGAGGUUAGCAGGGGGUGCUCACCAUUUUACCGUUAAACCGAGGUCUCUGUGGUCAUUAAAAAUCCCAUGGCGGGAACUUCUGGUAUGGCGUCGGGGCGAGUGGCAGCGUAGAGUGAGAGUGUCCUGAAACAAGCAAUUAUAUCUGUAAUACCAAAGGCUGGAAAAGAUAAGACAGAAUGCAGCACAUACAGACCUAUUUCAGUGUUAAAAAUAGAUUAUAGAAUAUAUGCUUCAAUAAUAGUUAAAAGAUUAGAAAAUAUAAUUCCUGAUUUGAUUGAUACUGACCAAACUGGAUUUGUUAAAAGUAGGCAGACACAUGAUAAUGUGAGACGUGCAUUAUUUUUGUUCAAGAGCAGGAUUAUAAGGAUGAAUGUUUUA